CGAGGAAGAAGAAUCAUCAACAAGAUAUGGGAAACUUUACCUGAGCUGUCAGUGCGUUUCGAUCUUUUCAGUAAGAGACAUGGGACCUUUAGCAGGGAGGCACGGUUUAUGUGCAUUUUUCCUAAUAAUAUUCAUUUCAGGAGGAUAUAUUCGAUGGGUUGAGGCCCAGCACUGCGUAUGGUAUGGUGAGUGUGGAGAAUCUAUAAAGGUACCUGGAAAAAAGUACAACUGUAACUACACCGGACCACCGCUCCCUCUACAGUCUGAGGGUUAUCAGCUUCUCACGGAACUUUGUCCAGGGUAUGAUUACGGGAGCCGAAAUCUCUGCUGCAAUGCUGACCAGCUGCGCACUCUUAAAGGGAGUCUCCAGCUGCCCCUUCAGUUCCUGUCUCGGUGUCCAGCUUGUUUCUUCAAUCUGAUGAACCUCUUCUGCGAGUUGACAUGCAGUCCUCACCAGAGUCAGUUCAUGAACGCCACACAGUUCAAUGCCUCCAACGUAGUGGAAGUGCAGUACUAUAUUGGGAAAUCAUUUGCUAAUGCAAUGUACAACGCCUGUAAGGAUGUCCAGGCGCCCUCCAGCAAUGUGAAGGCCUUAUCGAUUCUGUGUGGCAAAGAUGCAAGUGACUGCAAUGCAACUAACUGGAUCGAGUACAUGUUCAGUACAGAUAAUGGACAGGCUCCCUUUCCUAUCAAACCAAUAUUCUCUGAUAUGCCGGUAUCUGGUUACACUCCCAUGAACAACAAAACAUAUAACUGCACUGAAGGCCUAGAGGAUGGUUCAGGCCCCUGCUCCUGUCAGGACUGCACAGAGGCCUGUGGCCCCAAACCUGUUCCUCCUCCUAUCCCACCUCCCUGGACCAUCCUUGGAAUGGACGCCAUGGCUGUCAUUAUGUGGAUUUCUUACAUGGCCUUCUUGCUAAUCUUUAUGGGAGCUGUACUGGGAGCUUGGUGUUACAGGAAAAGGACUUUUCUGUCAGAGUAUGGCCCAAUUUUAGACAGCAACAGCCCCCUGUCUCUCAACAGUGAUAAUCCUGACCAAGGAAAUGUAUCAUGCUGUGAAACGCUGGGUGAACGCUUUGAGAAUGCCCUACAGAUGCUCUUCUGCUCCUGGGGGUCCUUCUGUGUGCGGCAUCCAUUUCUGGUCAUACUGGGCAGCCUGAUACUGGUAGUGGCUUGCUCCGGAGGCCUGGUCUAUAUGCACAUCACCACAGACCCAGUAGAGUUGUGGUCAUCCCCCACAAGCCAGGCUCGACAAGACAAAAACUACUUCGACAGCCACUUUGGACCCUUCUUUAGAACUGCACAGCUCAUUCUAACGACUCCCCUUACGGGCAAUUUCACUUACUCUCCAUAUUUUGGUGGGUCAAAUGUCCCGUUUGGAGCCAUUUUGGGUAAAGACGUCCUGCACCAGGUGCUUGACCUGCAGCUUGACAUUGAAAAUCUUGUCGCCACAUAUGAAGGUCAAAACAUCACAUUGAAGGACAUCUGCUUGGCUCCAAUGGCCCCAUAUAAUAACAACUGCACCAUCUUAAGUGUUCUCAACUACUUCCAGAACAGUCACUCUGUGCUGGAUCACUGGAUUGGAGAUGACUUUUUUGUCUACGAUGACUUUCACAGCCACUUCCUCUACUGUGUCAGUGCACCUGCAUCCCUCAACGACACAACUCUCCUCCAUGAUCCCUGUUUAGGCACCUUUGGUGGCCCAGUCUUCCCCUGGCUGGCACUUGGGGGUUAUGAUGACACAAACUACAACAAUGCCACUGCUCUCGUCAUCACCUUUCCACUCAACAACUACCUGAACGACUCCGUCAGAAUGGGCAAAGUGCUUGCGUGGGAGAAAGAAUUCAUCAGGUUUAUGAAGGACUACAAGAACCCCAACCUGACCAUCGCCUUUAGUGCAGAGAGGAGUGUUGAAGAUGAAAUUGACAGAGAGAGCAACAGUGACAUCAGCACUAUCGUGAUCAGUUAUGCCAUCAUGUUCAUCUACAUCUCCCUGGCACUGGGUCACAUCCACAGCUUCGGAAGGCUCAUGGUGGACUCUAAGAUUUCUCUGGGUAUAGCAGGUAUCCUGAUUGUGCUGAGCUCUGUGUCUUCCUCAUUGGGAAUCUUCAGCUAUGCUGGCAUUCCGCUUACAUUAAUCGUCAUCGAGGUCAUUCCCUUCCUGGUGCUGGCUGUUGGAGUCGACAACAUCUUUAUAAUAGUGCAGACAUACCAGAGGGAUGAACGGAUGCCACAGGAAGAACUUCACCACCAGAUUGGUCGUAUUCUUGGAGACAUAGCCCCCAGCAUGUUUCUCUCCUCCUUCUCGGAGACAGUGGCCUUCUUCCUUGGUGCCCUGUCGAACAUGCCUGCAGUGAGGACUUUCUCUUUGUUUGCUGGCCUUGCUGUUUUUAUUGAUUUCCUGUUGCAGAUCAGUUGCUUUGUCAGCUUGCUUGGCCUGGAUGCCAGAAGACAGGAGGGAAAUCGAUUUGACAUCUGCUGCUGUGUGAAGCUGCCAGAGGGUCAGGAAGUCAAAACACAUGGCUUCCUUUUCCGUUUUUUCAAGAAAAUCUAUGCACCAUUCAUUCUCAAAGAGUGGGUGCGACCGAUCGUUGUGGCAGUGUUUGUAGGCGUUCUGUCCUUCAGCAUAGCUGUGGUAAAUAAAGUGGAAAUUGGACUGGACCAGAAGUUAUCCAUGCCUGAUGACUCAUAUGUUCUUAACUACUUCAAGAACCUGAGCGAGUAUCUUCACACUGGUGCUCCUGUGUACUUUGUGGUAGAAGACGGUCUUAACUACAGUAGCCCAGAAGGCCAGAAUGUCGUGUGUGGAGGAGUGGGCUGUAACAACGACUCCCUUGUUCAGCAAGUCUACGCUGCCUCACUUAUCAGCAACUACACAACCAUUGCCUACACACCAUCCUCCUGGCUGGACGACUACUUUGACUGGGUAAAGCCUCAGUCAACCUGCUGUCGGUACUACAAUACCACCGGGGCCUUCUGCAAUGCUUCUGUGGUGAACACAUCCUGCGUAUCCUGCCGGCCUUUGACUCCCAGUGGAAAGCAGAGGCCUGUUGGAGAGGAAUUUAUGCAUUUUCUACCCAUGUUCCUAUCAGACAAUCCCAACCCCAAGUGUGGUAAAGGCGGCCAUGCAGCUUAUGCCACAGCAGUUGAUCUAUAUCCCAACAACAAAGGCGUUGGAGCCACAUACUUCAUGACUUUCCACACCAUCCUCAAGGAGUCCCCAGACUUUAUAGAUGCUUUGAAAAUGGCUCGAAAUCUGGCUCACAAUAUCAGUCAGUCUAUGGACCACAGAGUUUUUGCAUACAGUGUCUUCUAUGUGUUUUAUGAGCAAUACCUCACCAUUGCUUAUGACACAGCUCUGAACCUCAGUGUGUCACUGGGGGCCAUAUUUGUGGUGACAACAGUGUUGCUGGGCUUCGAGCUGUGGUCAGCAGUACUGGUCAGCAUUACGAUUGCCAUGAUCUUGGUCAACAUGUUUGGCGUCAUGUAUCUUUGGGACAUCAGCCUCAACGCGGUAUCUCUCGUGAAUCUGGUCAUGAGCUGUGGUAUUUCAGUGGAGUUCUGCAGUCAUAUCGUGCGAGCUUUUUCCAUCAGUGUGAAGAAGACCCGAGUGGAACGAGCUGAGGAGGCUCUGGCUCAUAUGGGCAGCUCUGUGUUCAGUGGGAUUACAUUAACAAAGUUUGGAGGUAUCUUAAUCUUGGCACUUUCCAAGUCGCAGAUCUUCCAGGUUUUCUACUUUAGGAUGUACUUGGCCAUCGUACUGCUGGGAGCGACGCAUGGCCUCAUCUUCCUUCCUGUUUUACUAAGCUAUAUAGGCCCGUCGGUGAACAAGGCUAAAGUGCUUGCUGCUAACAUGCGCUACGCUGGCACUGAAAGGGAACAUCUCCUCAACUACUAAAAGGCUGUGUGGGACAGUCAACAAUGAACUAACUAUACUUCAGCAAAGGACUGUGUGUGAGUGUCGGACCAAGCUGCUUCUGUCGUCACUGACACACUAAUCAUCAUUGCCACUACUAUGCAUGGAUCUAACUCAGGAGUAUACCUCGGAAUGAGUGUGCCAGAGGCUUUUCAGAGGAUUUUCUAAAAGAGGCUUUGGACCCCCACCACCUCCUCUUCCUUUGUCAACUUUAGUCUAUGGUACAAGCAUGACUUCAGUAUCUGAAGCAUGAACAACAUACCACAAAACAGAGCGAAUGGGAUGUACAUUUCCCCCGGCAUCCACUGACAGGAGUCCAUUCAGAAUGGUAUGAGCUACGUCAUUUGGGAAAAUUCAAAAGGGUAAAACUGGUCCUUUUAUUUUAUUUUAUUUUUAUAAUUUCUUUUUAAAUAUGUAAAUGUACAGACCAGGGAGUAAUGUGUGCGGAGGGGGUUAGACUUUUGUAUUUCUUUUUGAUAUAAAACAUUCAUUGAGUGAAACGGCUAACAAAAAACAGUAACAGCAUCACAGACCCUUACAUACCUGGCAUUACCAUGAAUCCUACCCUGAGCUUUUGUCUGUAUACAGUAUUUUAAAACAGGUCAGUUAACAGUGCAUGCUUCUACAUGGCUUCCUACCUUUCCUGAAUAAAUUUAUUUCAACUAUUUGCAUUUAACAGUUAUAAAUUUCCUUUUUAGAUCACAUUAAUUUAUCUUUAGUGUCUUUUUUUUUUUUAGCUGUGAGCUGGACUAGAUUUUUGGAUCAAUUUUCAGUGUCAAAAUGCUUAUAAAUGCCAGGUGUAAAAGGUGCUGUGAUGCUAAUAGUUUUUACGUUGAAGUUUAUCUGAGGCAUUUUAAAGUUACUGAAACAAAGAAAAAAACGAGGCGAAGAGACAAACCUUUGCAUAUUACUGUCAAACAAACAAAAAACUUACACAGGACUCUCUUCAAUUUGUUCAGUGGUCAAUUGUAAUGUAUUCGUACAUAAUGUCAUAUAUUUUAUUGCAUAAUAGUACAGUCCUGAGGUUAUCUUUUCUUUGCAUUUAAAUAUUGUUUUUUAAACUAUUAAUACUGUAUUACCGUGUGCUGCUGUCAUUAACCCACUUCUAGUUUUCUGCCAGAAGUCCCUUUGAAAGUAACACUUCAUUUAAGUAUAAAAUAAACAGGAUUUUAUCUUGUUUUCCACCUACAUCACCUUUAUCCUCUCUGAGAUUGUAGCUGUUGGAUUUGUUUUGGCAUCAUCAAGGAGACGUGCACCCACAGGUUUACCAUGAGAUGAUCUCAACAUUUUAAUGAUUGUACAGUCUACAGAAACAGUAAAUCAUUCUGUGGUUUUGUGGUGCAUUUUUUUUCUUCAUAAUUAAGUUUUUUCCUUUUUUUUUGCCAAGGGUAGGGGGUGGGGGUAUAAGAAAUAGUUGUGUCAAAGAAGAGUUUUAAAACCUGGAUAUGAAAAUUGCUUACUGUGCUUGUUACAGUAACAGUGCUGUGCAUUGACAAAUCAUAUCUGAUACUGAAAAAAUUUCUUUUUGGAAAAGCAGAUGCAUUGGAUAUUUUAGGUUUUAACUAUUUUAACUCAUGUUAUAUUCUAAAGGUUGUACCUCUGAAUAAAUUUUGUCUUACACUUA